AUUUUCUGAUACAUUAUGAGAUUGCGAUCGUCCAUUCGCAGAGCGAGUAAGACUUUUAAAUGUGUACAGAAAGGUAACGACGUCAAAUCGAAACCUUAUGUUACCAGUGUUAAUGUUUCUGGAAAGAUCAAACAUAACAUCUGUGAACCUAGCCCAACAAUUCCUAAAACUCCUCCAUUGAUCUGUAAAGAUGUAUCGAGAAGUAGACGGAUUAAUAAAGGAAAGCAAACUCCGAUUAUUCCAGAAGACCCCUAUCUUUUUAUAGACAAUGAUAGUGAUGAUAACAAAGAGAACGUUAUUCCUGACAGUUCAAAAGAUGUAACCAGAAAGCACACUAGAAAAACGCACUCAAAUGUUAAGGUAAAGGUGGCCAACCCCAAACAAUCAAAGUCAAAGCAGUGGCCUGCAUCAACAGCAUUCACAAAACAAUAUAUCCCUUCAGGAAAAUCUAAUGACGCUAGAUACGAAGGCGCUCUACAUGCAAGCACGCCUGAAUCGAUCGUGACAGCUGUUCCACUUGUAUCAAAGACAGUAAAUCCUAUGUCUGCUCCAAUUUUCCCUGAAUCUAACCAGCUAAUUAGUCCAGGGAGUUUGACAACCUCUUGUUCAGUCACAAAAGAGGCUUCUCCUUAUGCUGAAAGUAAAACGGUUCCUCUCAAUUUUCAUGAAAAGGUUUGUGAUUCCUGUCAGGCUACUAGUAGCGUCUCAAACACUCCUGAAUGUAGGAAAUGUAUUUCUAUACAUAAUCUAGAAGAAUCUAUCCCAAGAUAUUCCAAAACAACACUGACUUCUUUAAAUCCGCAAAUUGCCUCAACUCCAGCAAUGUCGAAUGCUAACACCGAGUUACAGACUAUGGGAUGUCAUCCACUUAUUCCAACUCCGAUAAAUUAUACCUCAAUUAAAAGAAACGAAAAUAGUCACGAUGAUUCCAGUCAAGUUUUGGAAAGCCAUUUACCAAAUAACUCAUCUUCCUCUUCUAAUCCACACUCCGGUACGACAAAUAACAAAAGCUCCUCUCAAGGUUAGGUUGUAGUUAUUGGUUUUUAUUAUACUAUUUUGAAUGCCUUGGAACCUGUAUAUGAUUAGACCACUUUGGUUCAUACUUACAAAUUGUAGAGUCUAAGCUGUGCAAUAUUUUCGGUUCAGUCUCUACACAAGUUUUUAUUUGGUCACUUUUAAAUUCAAUUGAUUUACUCAGGUGUGUUGUUAUAGUUUUGAAACUGCCAGUAAUAAAUCCAAGUGCUUAUUAAUUUAUGUUUGCCGAUCAAUCGUCGAAUCACAGUAGGUGGAGUUUGUUUAACGCCAUCAUGCCUCUCGAUAUUUUUAAUACAUUGGAAAAUUGUGGGAUCGAUAAAAUCGGUAUUGAACAUUUCAAAUAAGUUUUGUAGUCUAUCAUUUAAGCUCUUUUGCCAUUAUAUGAAGUAAAUCAACGUACUUAUUCCGAACAUCUUAAUUAUUCCUAGGUUAUUUGGUACUCCAAAUGAGUGUUCUAGGUAUUGCAUAAACCACAUGAUAUGAAGUUAACUUUAGCUGGUUUUUUAAUUUUUCACUUCCAGAUUUGAGCAAAGAAUCUACUUCUAGCAGCAAUCGAAGACGUAAACAAGCGUCUGAGAGUGAAAGACAGAAAGCGUAUGAUUCAUGGCUAGCUGAAUUUAACAAUGAACUACAGAAGUAUGAAUCAUUUGAAUUAAGUGUGGAAAAUCAGGCCCUAUCAACAGAUGAUCAUUAAAUUGUCAAGCUACACAUCCUCCAUAAAUUUCAGUAUCCUUUAUUUUCUAUUUAUUAUUUAUACCAUUUAAGAUCUUAAUAUUUCAUAUUUAUUUAAUUUAAACCCGUACAUAUUUACAUAAUACAAAUAUAUCUAUAUA